AAGAUAAAUAAAAAAAAGAAAGAAGAUACUCGAGUAUCCUCCUCCCCCUUGGCGUAAACGAAAAUCUCCCGUCUCGUCGUCUCCUCCGCUCCUUGCGCCAGCCAAGACGAGCCGCGGCUGCCGAUCGCCAUCGCAGGGGAGGGGGAGGGGGAUCCUGGCAAUCAACCAUGGUUUUCCUUAAGGUGGAGAUGUCUUUGAAUGUGUUGAUCUCACCUAGCCAGCUGAGCCCCCAGGGUCUCUUGCUCCGCAAGGCUGUCAUUGUCCGCCUUCUGGAGGAUAUAGCAAACCGGAAGGCCUCCAAGGAUCAUGGUUACUACAUUGCUGUGAGUGAGCUGAAGGCGAUAUCAGAAGGGAAAGUGCGUGAGCUGACCGGAGACGUUCUUUUCCCGGUGACGUUCACCUGCAUCACGCAGAAGCCUAUGAAGGGCGAGGUCUUAGUUGGCUCCGUGGACAAGAUCCUCAAGCAUGGCAUUUUCCUCAAAUCUGGACCGAUAGAAAGCAUCUUUCUGUCGGAGAAGACGAUGAGCGACUUCAAGUACAUUGGUGGGGAGAACGCGGUGUUCAUGAAUGAACACUCGAAGCUGGAGAAGGACACCGUCGUGCGCUUCAAGGUCAUGGGGUUCCGCUGGAUGGAAGCCGAUCGCCAGUUCCAGCUCCUUGCUACCCUGGCUGGUGACUAUCUUGGACCACUAUGAACUGCUUCUAAUGGUGGCUCUGCUGCACAUUUUGCUACCUUGAUGAAUGGAUUUGAAAUGUGUUAGCCUUAACCUGCUGUCUGUAGUUUGGUGUCGUGAUGACUGAUCAUACCUGUAUCGUAUCUGUGAUGCUGGUUGUUGAUGUAAAUGGCAUUAGGCCAUAUGUUUAGCAUUUCAGCAUGAUGAGAAUUGUCAUGGCUGAUGAACCUCUAUUUCCUAUGGCUGCUCACCGUUCUACCAUGCAUAUAUUUGCUGCCUUCCUUUCUGAGA